AUGCAUUGCAAUGUAGAGGCUGAGGGUCACAAAACUCAUGAGUGCCACCUGUCUCACGCAAUUAUCAAAAGCCUGGCGCAUGAAUUCAUCUUUGGAUUGGAUCCGCAUUUCUAUGUCGGCGACCAGCGUGAGCACAAGCACGAGAAUUGCGAAUAUUACCAGAAGCGUAUUGAAGUAGGCCGUAUUCAAAAAACCUUCUGCAGGCUGGUACACAAUUUCAGCUUGCUUUUCGCUGUUCGCCCUAUCGACGUAUACGUGCAAGCCUACGGAGUCAUACAAGUGAUACAUUCCCAAACGUACCUCUCGUUUCCGACUGAAGUGCGCUACUGGCAAUCGCCGCCUCCACAUUUCGGCGAACGUUACCUUUUGGAGUCUCAUUUCGUUCGUUAUAUGCGUCGUUAG